AGGCGGGGGACCGCGGCGGAGGUGGUGCAGAGUAAGAAAACUGAAGUCAAAGACCAUGGGAGAUGCCGCAAAACCUUAUUUUGUGAAACGCGCUAAAGACCGAGGAACUAUAGAUGAUGAGGAUUUCAGAAGGGCUCACCCCCAGCAAGAUUAUUUAAUAAUGGAUGACUAUGUUAAAGGCCAUAGCAGUAAAAUGGAAAAAGGCCUUCCAAAAAAAAAAUUAACACCAGGGAACUAUGGGAAUACCCCCAGAAAAGGACCAUAUGCUGUUUCCAGCAAUCCCUAUGCAUUUAAAAACCCAAUUUACAGUCAGCCCGCUUGGAUGAAUGACAACCACAAAGAUCAGAGUAAGAGAUGGCUCUCUGAUGAACUUGCUGGUAAUUCAGACAGCUGGAGGGAAUUCAAACCGGGACCUAGAAUUCCUGUUCUAAACCGACCAAGAAAAGACUCCUUUCAAGAAAGCGAAGAUGGAUAUAGGUGGCAGGAUGGACGAGGCUGCAGAACUGUAAGACGACUGUUUCAUAAAGACUUGACAAGCCUAGAAACCAUGUCAGAAAUGGAAGCAGGAAGCCCUGAAAACAAGAAGCAGAGAUCCAGACCUCGGAAGCCACGGAGGUCUAGAAAUGAGGAAAAUGAGCAGGAUGGAGACUUGGAAGGCCCUGUGAUUGAUGAGUCUGUGCUUUCAAUGAAAGAGCUCCUGGGCUUACAGCAGGCAGAGGAGCGAUUAAAGAGAGACUUCAUUGACAGGCUCAAAAGGCGACCAAGAAACUACCCUACAGCUAAGUACACCUGCAAACUUUGUGAUGUUUUAAUUGAAUCCAUUGCAUUUGCCCAUAAGCAUAUCAAAGAGAAGAGGCACAAGAAAAACAUUAAGGAGAAGCAGGAGGAAGAGUUGCUCACUACGUUACCCCCGCCUACACCCUCCCAGAUAAAUGCAAUUGGUAUUGCCAUUGACAAAGUGGUACAGGAGUUUGGCUUACACAAUGAGAACUUGGAACAGAGACUAGAAAUUAAACGUAUCAUGGAAAAUGUGUUCCAACACAAGUUACCAGAUUGUUCUCUGAGAUUAUAUGGGUCAUCCUGUAGCAGAUUAGGUUUCAGAAAUUCAGAUGUAAACAUCGACAUUCAAUUUCCAGCCAUUAUUGAAGGGUUCUCGUUGAACAAACUAGGAAAUUUCAACCUUAAAGACGUUCAGGAAGACACCGUGGUUUGGGAGUAUGCUGACAAUGCUGCCGGAGAUGCGGAAACAGCAGAACACGAGGCACCAAGAGAAGUGCCUGUUAAGAGGGGACAGGUAUCAUUAAUAUUUGAUUUCAAGCACCAGCCAUCAGUACCAGUUGGGCAGCUCUGGGUGGAAAUGCUUCGAUUCUAUGCAUUAGAAUUUAAUUUGGCUGAUUUAGUGAUAAGUAUCCGUGUCAAAGAAUCAGUGUCUCGUGAAUCCAAGGAUUGGCCCAAAAAGCGCAUUGCCAUUGAAGAUCCCUACUCUGUUAAAAGAAAUGUGGCAAGGACUCUAAAUAAUCAGCCCGUGUUUGAAUAUAUACUUCAUUGUUUAAGGACAACAUAUAAGUAUUUUGCUCUUCCACACAAAAUUACAAAACCCAGCCUUCCAAAGCCUCUGAAUACUGUCACACGUAUUUCCGAACACCCUAAAGAAGUAGCAAACAUGGGGGCACGAGCAAAAGGUGAUGAACUCAAAAGCUCAGCUUUGGCUCAAGAGCCAGGUGCUGCCAGUUCAGGUGCAAACACCUGCCAGGUACAGCCACUUACAGAGACUGCUGAAAGCUUUGGAGGCCCCCCAACAGAGGAAAUGGGGCACGCACAUGUCAGCAUCCACCUGGAAAACUCCAGCCGUAUCAGGACAGGGGCCGGUUGUGAUGGUUGUGAGGAUGUUAAAGCACACCGUCAAGCAGCGGGAAGUAAAGCUGGGAGCGAGAGCAAGCAUCCUUUGCCUGCCGAUGAUCAAGGGCCAAGCAGUAGCAGACGUGGAGAGCUUGUCCUCCGUGGCGGCACACAAAAUAAGGAGACAGAUAACACUUUGGAUGUAGAAGACUUCCACAGUCCUACGGCCAACGAGUGUGAUGGAUUCGUCACUUCAGAGGACAAGGCUGAUGUUGAUGAAGAAGGCGUAGAAGGUCCUGAUGAGCUGGAAGAUGCUCUAGGCCACUUUGCCCCUUCAAGACAGGGUCACGUGUCAAGAAUCAUUCAUUCCGAUGAGGAGGAGGAGGAGGAGGAAGAGGAAGAGGAGGACGAUGAAGAACCCAGGCUGUCCAUUCCCCGGAGGGAAGAUGAGGACGACUUGGCAAAUGAAGAUGAGUUAGAAAAUCCGUACACAGGAUCAGGGGACGAGGACGCCCUGUCUGAGGAGGACGAUGAAUUAGGCGGAUCCGCUAAGUAUAAAGACCUGAAAGAAGAUGGAAAACAUGUGGACGGGGCUCUACUAAUGGAAUUGAAUAAAAUCAGUCUUAAAGAAGAAAAUGCAUGUGAGGAAAGUUGCACUGCAGAUCAGUCUGAUUUCUUCUAUGAAUUUAGUAAACUCAUCUUCACCAAAGGCAAGGGGUUGGACUGUGUAAGAACUAUUGAAGAAUUGGCAAGAGUCCUCAAAAAACAUUCAGGUCUUAGAAACAUCUUGCCUAUUACAACAGCAAAGGUGCCAAUUGUAAAGUUCUUCCAUUUGAGAAGUGGUCUGGAGGUGGACAUCAGCUUGUAUAACACACUGGCCCUUCAUAACACAAGGCUCUUAUCUGCUUAUUCAGCCAUUGAUCCCAGAGUGAAAUAUUUAUGCUAUACCAUGAAAGUGUUUACAAAGAUGUGUGAUAUUGGUGAUGCUUCUAGAGGCAGCUUAUCGUCAUACGCAUACACGCUUAUGGUGCUAUAUUUUCUCCAGCAGAGGAAUCCACCAGUCAUUCCUGUCCUUCAAGAGAUAUACAAAGGUGAAAAGAAACCUGAAAUAUUUGUUGAUGGCUGGAAUAUUUAUUUUUUUGAUCAAAUAGAUGAACUGCCCACCUAUUGGCCAGAAUAUGGGAAAAAUACAGAAUCUGUUGGGCAGCUAUGGUUGGGACUUCUUCGAUUCUACACAGAAGAAUUUGAUUUUAAAGAACAUGUUAUUAGCAUCAGGAGAAAAAGUCUGCUUACAACUUUUAAGAAACAGUGGACUUCAAAAUACAUUGUAAUUGAAGAUCCCUUUGAUUUGAAUCACAAUCUUGGAGCUGGAUUAUCGAGGAAAAUGACAAAUUUUAUAAUGAAAGCAUUUAUUAAUGGUAGAAGAGUGUUUGGUAUUCCAGUCAAAGGAUUUCCGAAGGACUACCCAUCAAAAAUGGAAUACUUUUUUGAUCCAGAAGUGCUAACUGAAGGAGAGCUGGCACCAAAUGAUAGAUGUUGCCGAAUUUGUGGGAAAAUUGGACACUUCAUGAAGGAUUGUCCUAUGAGGAGAAAAGUGAGGCGGCGGCGUGAUCAGGAAGAUACCCUGAACCAAAGAUACCCUGAGAACAAAGAGAAGAGGAGCAGAGAGGACAAAGACAUUCAGAACAAGCACACAGAGAGGGACGUGUUGACAAAAGAAGAGAAGCCCGUGCAGUGCACGCCUCAGAAAGCCAAGCCAGUGAGGACAGCUGUCGACCUGGGCAGAGAGAAAAUCCUCAGGCCACCAGUGGAAAAAUGGAAGAGGCAGGAUGACAAAGACUUACGAGAAAAACGUUGUUUUAUUUGUGGAAGAGAAGGGCACAUUAAAAAGGAAUGCCCGCAAUUUAAAGGCUCUCCAGGUAGCCUUUCCAGUAAAUAUAUGACUCAGGGAAAAGCCUCAGCGAAGAGGACCCAGCAGGAAUCAUGAGGGAAGGAAAAUGCAGCACUCUAAAUGGCCACUCAGGCGGGCCCAUUCUCUUUGAAAUUAGGUUCAUUUCACAGGACACAGCAGUGUAGAUCAGGCUUCUACUUAACACUCUAGGGAAAUGUCAGAUUUUUUUUUUUUAACUUAAUGAAAUUGUUAAUGAGGAAAAAA